AUGGGUAAAACAGUACCGCUUAUUAAAACAACAGUAACAAAAAAAUCAACCACCGAUUCUACACCAAUUAGAACUGGCGAAUUAAAUGAUCCAUUUCAAGUACAAAAGAAAAAUAUCCGUACAGCUGCACUUAUUAUUUGUACUUUUACAUAUCUAAUUAUUGGAGCUUGUAUAUUUGAUGCACUUGAAGAUGCUCCGUUUACUGAUAGAAAACAUCGAUUAGAACGAAAAUUUGCUCAAUUUAAACUCGAUCAUAAUAUGACUAAUGAAUCAUUUCGUCAACUAUCAGAUUUAAUUAUGAAUAAAACAGUCGUUCGUCAUAAAUGGAAAUUUUAUGAUAGCUUCUAUUUUUCUACUGUAGUCUUGGCUCUUAUUGGCUAUGGACAUCGACAAUUAAUAACAUCACGUGCAAAGAUUUUUUGUAUUUUUUAUGCCAUGCUAGGUAUACCAAUGUGGUUAAUAACGUUUCAAUCUACAGGCGAACGAUUGAAUUCACUUUUAAGUUGUAUCCUUGCUCGACUUAAACAUUCAUUGCAUAUGAAACAAACUAAAAUAACUGAUGGAGAAUUACUUGUAACAGAAUCAUUAUUAUCCAUAGUUAUUCUUAUAAUAGGUGCAUGUGUAUUUUCUAAAUAUGAGAAAUGGUCUUUUUUUGAUUCUUUUUAUUAUGGUUUUAUUACUUUGACAACAAUUGGUUUUGGUGAUUAUGUUGUUUUACAAAACAAUCGUGAUAAAAACUUUAUUGAACAUGCUGAAUAUUUUUUUUUCUGUAUGGCAUUUAUUUUUCUUGGUCUUACUGUACUUGCAUCAUCUAUGAAUUUACUUGUUAUACGUAUUGUUGCGUUUUAUUCUCAAGAACGUUUACUGGAAAAACUUCGUCAAGAAGAAGCUGCUAAUCAAGCUGUUUUACUUAAAGGUGAUGUUAUUUGUUCAACGAAUACUGGAAAACAACGAGCAGCAACACCAGUUUUGGCUGAAAUGACAGCUAGUCAACAGCAUCAACUACUAUUGAAUUCUAGUCAAACAUCUGUAUGUUCAUGUACAUGUAUGGAAACAUUUACCGAGUGGAAACAAACGAGAAAAAAACGUGCAAGAUGGAAAAAACAACAACGAAAUGGAUUGAAUAAACCAAUAAAAAUUUCAGAAUCAGCGUCUUCAGUUAAUAUGAUGCAUGCCAUCAGACGAAGUUCUGUAUGA